UCCAGAUUUGCCCGUCCAGCCCCUGCAGGAUAUGAACCGCUGGGAGGAGGCUGGACCUUCAGCCCUACAUAUGAGUAAAGACUCUACUGUAGGUUAAGCUAAAGGAGUCGAGACUUUCAACUGGUAUCAUGGCUACAAGGUUCCUUGGGUUCCUGCUCCUUUCAGUCUUUCUCAGUGGACUGAAUGCAUCAAGACCACCUGUAAAUCAGGAACUAUCAAAUAUUUUCAAUGAGUUGUGGAGGUUAGAUGUGAACCGCAUGACACCUGGGAUAGACUACACAAUCUCUGUUCAGGACAGAGCCGGGUUUGUUAGCCAGGGCAGCCAUGUUGUACAUGAUCAUGCCUCACAGCCUCUAUUCUCCAACGUUAAUGAGAACAAACUGAGCAACACAACCACUUUCUCCCGCUUCAUGAGGAUCCUGGAUAACUAUGAGCGUUCGACAGGCGUGACAGAACGAGUCACUACAGAGGAGCUGACGGAGAUUAAUCUCUUCCUGGAUGCCGUCUUAGAGACACAAGUCAUGAAGCGGGCUCAUCAGUACCUGGUGAGCAAAGGAAAGUCCAGCUCCGACUUGAGGUUGUUUAAGAAUCAGCUCAACCUGAUCUGGUUCCACCUCUACCACAGGCAGAGAAACACGGGCCUGGACUCCUGUGGAUUUGAACACGUCUUUGUUGGAGAAACGAAAUCUGGAACAGAAAUCAUCGGUUUUCACAACUGGGUCCAGUUCUACCUACAAGAAAAAAACAGGCACUUGGACUACAAAGGAUACAAGGCCAGGGAGCACGACUUGCCUGAUCACGACGACCACAUCCUGAACCUCCAGUUCAGCUGGCACGGUGUGGUGAAACCCGUUGGCAGCGCCUUCAUCGGGACCAGCCCCGAGUUUGAGAUGGCCCUCUUCACCAUCAUCUUCCUCAUGAACACAGAGAGAAGCACCACGGUGCUGGUCAACAUCGACCAGUGUCAGAUGGAGCUGGUGGUCGUCAGACAUGGGCGCUCCCUCGGGACGGCGUACCCCAAACUGCUCAGCAGCAACAGCAGGCAUGUUAGGCAGCACUCACACUGAUGUGAACGAUCUGGAUGUGUCGCUGUUUUCACUUCUGAUGCAGAAUGAUAUGCAUUUGAGAAGAUGUUUUUACAUAAAGGAUGCUUUCAAAGUCAAA